GUGGCAGAGGCCGCCGGACAGGAUCUCAGCGUCUGCGUUGUGGAGAAAGGUGCCGAGAUUGGAGCUCACAUUCUUUCCGGCAACGUCUUUGAGCCGCGAGCACUUGAGGAGCUGUUCCCGGAUUGGAAAGAGCGGGGUGCGCCCCUGGACACACCUGUGACCAGCGACUCCUUCUAUUGGUUGCCUAACGGGCAACAUGCGGUUCCAAUGCCGGGGCCCCUUCUUCACAUGGCGCCUGAGCUGCGACAGGAGGGCAACUAUGUGAUCUCUUUGGGCCAGCUCUGCCGGUGGCUGUCAGAGCAAGCGGAGGAGCUGGGCGUAGAGAUUUACGCAGGAUUUGCAGCAGAUGCUCCAGUCUUUGUGGACGGUGCCCUGGCGGGAGUGCAGCUGCGGGAUGUGGGCAUCAGCAAGGACGGCAAAGAGAAAGACACUUUUGAAGCAGGCAUGCAUCUUCUGGGGAAGCAGACCAUCCUUGCAGAAGGUUGUCGUGGCUCCAUGAGUGAGCUGCUAAUGAAGCACUACAACCUCAGAGAAGGUGUGUCUCCACAGCAUUAUGGUCUCGGAGUCAAGGAGGUGUGGGAGAUCAGACCAGAGAACCAUCGGGCAGGGACAGUGACCCACACGGUCGGUUGGCCCCUGGACAUGUGGUGCUACGGUGGUUCUUUCAUCUACCACAUGAAGCCCAAUCUCCUCCACAUAGGAAUGGUCGUCGGUUUGGAUUAUGCCAACCCGUACAUGAGCCUUGCCAGCAGUUUUCAGGGCAGCUGA